AUGAGUAGUAGUUCUCCUACAACAGUAGAAAUUCAUUCUUCUAGUAGUUCGAUUGAUUCAAAAAGUAUUCAGGUCUUGAACGAGGAAGCUAUCAAAGCCUUCAUUUUGCAAGAUUUUGCAACUGCUGCAGACAAAUUUUCGAAUGUUUCUGAACUUGUGGGUAAAUUUUAUGGUUUAGAGUCUGAAGAGUAUGCAGAAGCUCUAUAUAAUUAUGGCCAUUCCUUACUAGAGAAUUUCAGGAUUCAAAAUACAGCACUUGGACCCCAAGCCAUUCCCCAAGAAUCUUCUACAGAAACACCGUCUGAGAAUGUCCAGGCAAAUUCUUCGUAUUUUGUUUUUGAGGGAGAUGAUGAUGACAGUGACGAUCAAAUCGAUGAUGCUGAUAACCAAGUUGACGGAUCAUUAGAACAAUCCGGAGAAGAGCCAGAUGAUUUGAAGCUUGCGUGGGAGAUAUUAGAAUAUUCUCGAGAUAUAUAUUCACAACUUUCAACUGAAUCAGCGAAAAUAAAUCUUGGCGAAGUGUACAUAAAAUUAGGAGAUAUAUCUCUUGAAAAUGAAAAGUUUGAUCAAGCUGCGAUCGAUUACAGAGAAGGCCUUAAAAUUAAGAAAGAAACACUUUCUGAAGAUAAUCGACAAAUAGCAGAAGCAUAUCCUUUCUUUAUUACAGUAUUUUUAUUUGAACGAUUAUAUAGAAAGUUAGCCUUGGCUCUCGAAUCAAUCCCUGAUAUAAAUAAUCAAGAUGAAGCCAUUCAACACGUCCAAAAGGCCACGGAGGUGCUCCAAAAACGUAAAGAAAUUUUACUAGCCCAAUUAACUACACAUCAGGAAAGAACCGGAAAAGGUAAACAAGUAGCCACCGCGGAAGAUCCUACCAUAUCUAUUGAAAAAGAAAUUAAGGAUAUUGAUGAACUUUUGGUGGAAAUGGAAACUAAGAUUGAAGAUAUUAAGACAUCAAGACUUAAUCAAGAACAAAAAGAACCCAAAUCUAGUGAAUUAGCAUUGAAGGAAUACGUAAAAUUAUUAUCAACAUCAAAUUUGUCAGAAUUAGCAUCAGAGGAAGCAAAUAUCUCAUUAUCAUCCGUAGUGAAUCAAGUUAACGACGUGACUUCAUUGAUUAAAAGAAAAUUAGCAUCCAAUAAUAGUCCAAACGAAAACAAUUUAUCAGAUGAAAUUUCAAUACAAGAAAUACAAGAAAGGAAACUCAAGCAAACAACCUGA